CCCCACCGCUUGGCCGGGGCCGGCGCUGCCCAGCGGAGCCGCAGGCGGGCGGGCGGGCGGGCGGCAGCCGCCAUGGAGCGGACCCCCAUCCCCGUGCUCACCGUGCAGACGACGCCCUACGAGGACCAGCGCCCGACCGGCGGAGGGGGCCUGCGGCGGCCCACGGCGCUCUUCGAGAGCCAGCGCAACUACCUGCCCAACUUCGUGCAGAGCCUCCUGUCCUCCGUCGACCUCCGCGAUCGGCAGGGCUGCACCAUGGUGGUGGGCAGCGACGGCAGGUACUUCAGCAAGACGGCCAUCGAGAUCGUCGUUCAGAUGGCCGCGGCCAACGGGAUUGGCAGAUUGGUUAUUGGACAGAAUGGUAUCCUAUCCACACCUGCUGUUUCGUGUAUCAUCCGAAAGAUCAAAGCAGCUGGUGGAAUUAUUCUGACAGCUAGCCACAGUCCUGGGGGACCUGGAGGAGAAUUCGGAGUCAAGUUUGAAGUUGCCAAUGGAGGACCUGCUCCAGACAUGGUUUCAGAAAAAAUCUAUCAAAUCAGCAAAACCUUGGAGGAAUAUGCUAUUUGUCCUGAUCUUAGAGUUGAUUUAUCACGUCUAGGAAGACAAGAAUUUGAUCUGGAGAACAAAUUCAAACCUUUCCGAGUGGAAAUUGUGGAUUCUGUGGAAAUCUACCUCAAUCUCCUUCGAAGUAUUUUUGACUUCAAUGCUAUCAGAAAUUUGCUGACCGGACCCAAUCAGAUUAAAAUAAGGAUUGACGCAAUGAAUGGAGUUAUGGGACCUUAUGUGAGAAGAAUCUUGUGUGAUGAAUUGGGAGCUCCUGCAAAUUCUGCCAUAAACUGUAUUCCUCUGGAGGAUUUUGGUGGACAUCCUCCUGAUCCAAAUUUAACAUAUGCAACUGCCUUGCUGGAGGCUAUGAAAGGUGGCGAGUAUGGAUUUGGAGCUGCUUUUGAUGCUGAUGGAGACCGCUACAUGAUCCUUGGCCAAAAUGGUUUCUUUGUUAAUGCAUCAGAUUCACUGGCUAUAAUUGCUGCCAAUCUGUCUUGCAUUCCAUACUUCUGUCAGAUGGGUGUCCGAGGAUUUGGCAGAAGCAUGCCUACCAGCACAGCUCUGGACAAAGUGGCAAAAGUAAUGAAGGUUCCUGUGUAUGAGACACCAGCAGGAUGGAGAUAUUUUUCCAAUCUCAUGGACUCUGGACGUUGUUCACUUUGUGGAGAGGAGAGUUUUGGCACUGGGUCUGACCACCUUCGAGAGAAAGAUGGACUGUGGGCUGUGCUAGUUUGGCUUUCAAUCCUAGCAGCUCGAAAGCAGAGUGUGGAGGAGAUUGUCAGGGAUCACUGGGCAAGAUUUGGCCGGCACUACUACUGCAGGUUUGAUUAUGAAGCACUGGAACCCAGAGCAGCGUAUUUCAUAAUGAGAGACCUGGAAGCUUUGAUCACUGACAAAUCAUUCAGCCAUCAACAAUUUGCUGUGGGUAACAAUAUCUACAGUGUGGAAAGAACAGACAGCUUUGAAUAUGUAGAUCCUGUGGAUGGCACUGUGACCAAAAGACAGGGGCUGCGGAUUGUGUUUUCAGAUGCUUCCAGACUCAUCUUCAGAAUGAGUGCUUCUAGUCAUGUGAGAGCUACUCUCCGGAUCUAUGCAGAGAGUUAUGAAAAGGAUCCUAGCCAACACAAUAAGGAACCACAGGCUGUGCUGAGUCCUCUGAUAGCAAUUGCACUGAAAAUAUCUCAGAUUCAUGAGAGGACAGGACGGAAGGGACCCACUGUCAUCACCUGAAGCCACGGAACAUUGUUAAACCAGGGCCAAAAGAGGAACAGCAAGGAAGAGACAGAACCUUGUUAAGACUUGUUAGCCAUUUGUGCCUUGUAUGAUUUUAAAAGUUUUCUUGGGGAGAGAGGUAGGGUGGGAAGAAAAAUUCAAUAUAACAUUGAGCAUAAUCAUUUGCAUUGAUCUCCAAAUGCAGUAGUGUAUUGACUUCUUUGUUUUACCUACAAUAUCAUAAUUUCUGAUAACAGUACAACCAAAGAAAGAAGCCUUAAUGUUCCAAUGUUGUUCGUAAUGUACCAGAAAACGACAACUGCUUGGUUUUGAAUGCUGAUUGGAGAAAUUUCAGUUAGGGAGAGAAGGGGARGAAUUGCAAAGCGAGGACAUUUGGUGAGUAUAGUUUGGGAUUUUUGUCACCUUCUGGUAGGUUUCUGAAGAGGCGUACAGAGCGUGUCUGAGUCAUAAGGCUGUGCACUAAGCACUGCAUGGGCUGUUUUCCUCCCCUGGCACCAUGCCUCCUCUCCGGCCUCUCCUUUGCUCACAGAUGCACGCUGACAGCAGUGUUGUAUACACACUUGCUCCCAAUGAAGGGGUUAUUCCAUACAUUUUUACCCUUGCUUUUAAAAUAUAUAAAUGUGAUUUGUGCCUUUAGAUUUUUCAUAUUUUUUUGAUUCUUUGGUUGUUUUCCUCCAAAAGGAGGCGUUUGUGUUCUAGAGCUGAUUUUGUCCUUCCAGCAAUAUGUCGGGUAUGGAAUCUGACUGUCUUUUUUAAUAUUCCUCAUGUCAGGAGAUGAUACUGGUGCUUACUGUGUUAGAAAGGUAACCUCUGCAAGUUCAGCACUUCUUUAAGAAGGAAUUACAGAAGUUUUUUGAAGUCUUUGGAAUACUCAUGSUCCACUUAGCACAAAGUGAAGUAAGUGAGAGCGAAUUAAACAAACACUAAUCAAUUAAAUAGAAACACUAGUCUGGUUCACCCUCUGGACACAGUUUCURUUAGAUUCUUGGUAACAGUGGAUCACACAGUUAAAAUUUGGGGAGUGCAAGAAACAUCCCGGCAUAGAUCUGAGAAGGGUGUUGGGGAUAUGGACAUCAGCAUUUUUUUGCCUGUGAAAUGAUACUGCAGUUCUAACUACAAUACUGUACUCUGAAAAAGAACACACUUUAUGCAUGUGAUUUGCUUGAAAGCUUUGCUUCCUUGGAAAUAGUGUGGUCACUUGUAUCAUUCGUCAAGGUGGCUUUAUGCAGCUUGCCUCUUUGCAGUGUAUUUCAAUUCAUUGUGAUUGUCAGAUUUUAGUGCAAUUUAUAUAAUAUAGCAGCAAAGGAAAUUGUUUUGAUUUCUUUCAACACUUAAGUCAAAAAAUGGCUAUGGCACUUCAUUCACAAUAAAGAGUAAUGCUGUGUAUCUGUCUUAAUAAUUUUGGACAAGACACCAUGCACCUUCAAGCAUCCUAAUAAAAUUGUGCUUAUUACAAUUAUAUUAUUACUUAAUUGACUCUAUAAACAAAUGAGGUGUGAAUGUAUUCUGAUAACCCAAAAGACAUUUUAAGACUUUGGUUCUUUUUAUGAAGAUUUUUCUUUUAUAUGACCGUGAUAUUCUCACACAGUUUGAUCAUCUGCUUUUGAAUUUAAGGGCUUUCUUGUUCACAAGAAAACAAGAAAACUUGUUUAUCUAAUAUUUCAUAUUUAUUAUAGAUUGAACUUCUCUAGGUGCACAAUAAUAAGCUCCUUGCUAGUAGAUCAUCCAUGGUCAAGGAUGGACACACACUGGAUUAUGACAAGUCAAAUUACUGAGUUGUGUGAAAGAACAUACUGAAAGUUYGUUCACUAAAAUUUCAAAAAUCUUACACAUUCUCUGACAAUGAUACAAUUUUUGAUCACAUAGUGAACUACCUGUUCAUACUACUGAGUAUCCCAUUUGCUAAGAUUUUCUGGAAUUGAGAGAAUGCAGACGCAGUUUCAAAUGCAGUUUGAAAAGUAAGAGGUACUGAAGGCAGGUGUCUUUCAGGAUGYGGUGGGAAGACUCAUGAAGAGCAGAUGAGCACUGUGAAGAACCAUACUUGUGCCUUUAUCAGAAAGCUGUCACUGGAGCUGCAGCAGAUGGCAGUCUGCUUUCAUGAAGGCAGUCAUCAUAAACAAAGGGCAUAUUUUAAAAUCUCUAUAUUGACUUUGUCCUGGGCUUUAGAAAUGUUAGUUGUGUCUAUGUACUGACAUGGAGAAAAGAGCUGUUUGUGUGUGGUUUUGAAUAGCUGUCAAACAGCAGACUUGCAGAAGUAGCCUACCCCCAAAUCCAACCACCAUCCCUUUUUCUAUGGUGAUUGGUGAUAUAGUGUAAC